AUGUCCUCCCUACACCCAGGGUCUCAGGCUUUGACUGUCCUCAAAACCGGCAAGGUCGAAUCCGAGGAUGAUUGGACCGGGCUUGGAGACGCGAAGGAGCGCAGGAAGAGGCAAAAUCGUUUGAACCAGCGCGCCUUUCGACAACGAAAGCGUGUGGAGCGACACAAUGCAGGGCUUCAGCAAAGGAUAGAGGAGAUGAUCAUGAACGGUGAAGUCACUUUACUUCCGACUGCCCCAGAAUCGUCCGUGUCGCCUGGCUCGGAGAUAUCUAUGUCUUCUAUGGUGCAGCAAUUGUUCGAGGACCGGCUUAAUAAGCUUCUGGAGCAGCUCAGUCAAAAUGCUUGUGAACGCUAUGCUGUUGGGUCCCCGUCCGCAGAUCAGCUUCUAACCCUCUGCAAACUCAACGUCUUUCGCGCAUUUGCCAGCAACAUGUUGGUCUUGGGGAUGACGCCGGCAUUUGAGUGGAUGCAUGACGAUGCUAUAUCCCCCUUCAACACCAUGCAACCGGGGGUUGUGGAGGGAGAAAAGCUGCCGGUCAGUCUCCGCCCUACACCUCUCCAGCGAACCCAGUCACAUCAUCCGUGGAUGGAUUGUUUCCCGUUUCCCAAGCUCCGGGAUAACCUCAUCGCGGCCGGAGACUUUGAUGACGACCCUCUGUGUAGGGAUAUAAUGGGUGUCUGGGAUACACCGUCGGAAAGCUCUGGUCUAAUGGUAUGGGGAGAGCCGAGUAACGCAGAAAAUUGGGAGGUAUCGGAAAAAUUUCUCCGCAAGUGGCCGUGGGUUGUAGCUGGCUGUCCCGAACUUCUACAAUCAACCAACCGCUGGAGGAGCAAACGGGGAGAAAAAAUGAUCUUCCGAUAUUUAUGA